GCCGUGUGGCUCCCGGGAAGGAGCGGAGCCUCCGGGAAGCCGGUGCCGCGUUGCCCUGCCGCCUCUCCGUGGUGGUCGUGAUGCGCUCCGCUCACGGCUCCCCGCCCCUAGGAGUCCCGGCCGCGGAGCCAGGCGCUGCAGAACAGUUCAACUAUCACAAAAAAAUGUUCAGAUUGGAAUUCCUAUGUUAUGAAGACUUUUUAAGCUAGGCUUUCUUGAUCUAUCCAGAAGAGGAUUUGAUGCUGGAAACUGAAGUUAUCAGCCAAAGGAGGGUUCUGACUCACGGAGGACCUCAUUGUUUCUGUAAUGGUGGUUGAGGACUGACUCCCAGAAGUUUGCCUGACCUCUGACCUGUCAGCAUGGGGAGAAUUGGCAUCUCCUGUCUUUUUCCUGCUUCCUGGCAUUUUAGCAUGUCUCCAGUGGGAUGUCCUCGAAUUUUGAAUACCAACUUACGCCAAAUUAUUGUGAUUAGUAUUCUGGCUGCUGCUGUUUCACUUUUAUACUUUUCUGUUGUCAUAAUCCGAAAUAAAUAUGGGCGACUAUCCAGAGACAAAAAGUUUCAAAGGUACUUGGCACGAGUUACUGACAUUGAAGCUACAGACACCAAUAACCCCAAUGUGAACUAUGGCAUCGUGGUGGACUGUGGUAGCAGUGGGUCUCGAAUAUUUGUCUAUUGCUGGCCCAGGCAUAAUGGCAAUCCUCGUGAUCUGUUGGAUAUCAGACAAAUGAGGGAUAAAAACCGAAAGCCAGUGGUUAUGAAAAUAAAACCAGGCAUUUCAGAAUUUGCUACCUCUCCAGAGAAAGUCAGUGAUUACAUUUCUCCACUCUUGAACUUUGCUGCAGAGCAUGUGCCACGGGUAAAACACAAAGAGACCCCUCUCUACAUUUUGUGCACAGCUGGAAUGAGAAUCCUUCCUGAAAGCCAGCAGAAAGCCAUCCUAGAAGAUCUUCUGACUGAUAUCCCUGUGCAUUUUGACUUCCUCUUUUCUGACUCUCAUGCAGAAGUAAUUUCAGGGAAACAAGAAGGUGUAUAUGCUUGGAUCGGCAUUAAUUUUGUCCUCGGACGAUUUGAGCAUAUUGAAGAUGAUGAUGAGGCAAUUGUGGAAGUUAACAUUCCUGGUAGUGAAAGCAGUGAAGCCAUUCUCCGUAAAAGAACUGCUGGUAUUCUCGACAUGGGAGGCGUGUCAACUCAGAUAGCAUACGAAGUCCCCAAAACUGUAAGCUUUGCCUCCUCACAGCAGGAAGAAGUAGCUAAGAACUUGCUGGCUGAAUUUAACCUUGGAUGUGAUGUUCACCAGACUGAGCACGUGUACCGAGUCUAUGUGGCCACGUUUCUUGGGUUUGGUGGCAAUGCUGCUCGACAGAGAUAUGAAGACAAGAUAUUUUCCAACAUGGUUCAAAAGAACAGGCUCCUGGGAAAGCAGACUGGUCUAGCUCCUGAUACUCCAUACCUGGACCCCUGUUUACCCCUAGACAUUAAAGACGAAAUCCAACAAAAUGGGCAGACCGUGUACCUUCGGGGAACAGGAGACUUUGACCUGUGUAGAGAGACUCUCCAGCCUUUCAUGAACAAAACAAACGAGACGCAGACUUCCCUCAAUGGGGUCUACCAGCCCCCGAUUCACUUUCAGAACAGCGAAUUCUAUGGCUUUUCUGAAUUCUACUAUUGCACUGAGGAUGUGUUACGAAUGGGAGGAGACUACAAUGCUGUUGCAUUUACUAAAGCUGCAAAGGAUUACUGUGCAACGAAGUGGUCGAUUUUGCGGGAGCGCUUUGACCAAGGCCUGUACGCCUCUCACGCUGACCUCCACAGGCUAAAGUAUCAGUGCUUCAAAUCUGCCUGGAUGUUCGAGGUGUUUCACAGGGGCUUUUCGUUUCCUGUCGACUAUAAAAAUUUAAAGACAGCCUUGCAAGUUUAUGACAAGGAGGUUCAAUGGACCCUUGGAGCAAUCCUUUACAGGACCCGCUUCUUACCCUUAAGAGAUAUCCAGCAGGAGGCCUUCCGGGCCAGUCACGCUCACUGGCGGGGCUUCUCCUUCGUCUACAAUCACUACCUGUUCUCCGGCUGCUUCCUGGUGGUCCUGCUGUCCAUCCUCCUCUACCUGCUGCGGCUCCAGCGCAUUCACCGGCGCAUGCUCCGCAGUGGAUCUGCCGCUGCCCUCUGGCUGGAGGAGGGCCUUCCGGCCCAGAAGAUCGUGGGCACCUAUGACCGCGCAGGGAGUUAGAGCCCAGGAAGACUUUCUAAAGGAAAAGCCAUUUUUGCCUCAGGGUUUCUUCUCUUUAUCUUUGUUUGGUUUUACUUUUCCUCUCCCAUUUUGUUCCUUGAAACGAAGAAAAUCCAUUGUUUAUAAACUCUGCUGUCCUGGAAGAAUUGCGUUGAGCCGUUUUGUACACAGCUUUAAUUGAGGAGUGGGGAAAGGGAAAAUCACUUCAUUUUGGCCACAUAGGACAGCUGCCAAAAAUUACAAAGAUGUUAGUUUUUUCUUUAAGGUAUGUUUAAUUUUAAACAGAUGCACUUUGAUAUUUUAGGGAAAUGGCCAUGGUGUUUUCUGUCAGUGGAGAUAGGACUGAAGGGGUGAUACUUGUACAGAACCAAAAAAUCCUACUGACUGAAAUUAAAAUGCUUUCCCUCUGUCUUCAAAGCUCUGACCUAAAGUUUAGUUUUUAUUUCUUGUUUAGGUCUGUUACUGUAUGUUUUCUUUUCAGGUUUAAAAAAAUCAAAACCUUUUAUAUCCAAAAUAGAGAAAGAUAAUAUAUCUGAAGUAGAGAAAACUAGUUACCAGGAGGUAACUAUUUUUAAAAUGGAUAGUGAAGAGACCUGAAAAAUGUGAAAUAAUGAUUAGAGUGCUGUGUGUCCAUGUCUGUGUGAAAAAUGCUAAGGAAAGAGAAUGAGGAAUAUUGUGUUCUUUCUUUUAGAAACACUUCAGAAUUUACUGUUUCAUUUUAUUUUAUUUAGAAAAAUCCCCAUUACCAUUAUCUUUUCCUGACCGCAGGUAGUUACUUUCUUCACCCCAUCCUUCAGUGGCCUUCGAACACUUAGAAAAUGUGUGAAGUUUCAUUGGUUUCAGUGUAAUUAGAACUAGAGCUGGUGCCAGCUCACAGGCAUGUCAGUAUUUCUUAUAGUGCAUCUUUGCUUGUUUGAUUGUGCUCCAGUUUCUUCCAACUUUAGUUGGUAUUCCUCCCUUAAUUAAAAAUUAUUUCAGCAGUUCUAUUCUGAAGACCCCAUACUUAGCUUGGUAAGUUCUCUCUAUUACUGUUGGGGCUGAGGCUAUGAUGGCAGUGCCGCUGUACAUCCACAGUAAGAGAAGGCUCAGAGUGGAAUACAAAAAACAAACCCAUGUUUUGAAGAAAACAAGUUUGACAUUAUAAACAAAAACCUGAAAAAGACCAUUGAUUGGCAUAUGUGAGCUCAGUUGUUUUUCACCUAUUUGUUUAGUUUGGAACUAUUGGGAAUUCUUAGUUUUUUUUAGUUGAAGUUCUAUGUGUGUGUGUGUGUGUGUGUGUGCGCGCGCGCACACACUGCUUAACUCCAGAAGAGUUAAAUUUGUCUAGUUGAUAGCAGAUAUAUAUUUUGAGAACCAUCAGCUGCUUUUUAAAAAUAUCAUUGAAUAGAGAAAGAAUUUAGAUUCUGAGUAGGAUUUUUAUCUUGUUUAUUAAUUACUUAAAACCAUGAUAGUGAUGGUUUAAGAGAUUACUAAUUUAUGAAAGAAAUGCAAAUUCUCGUAUUCUCAAAGUGAAUAUUCUAACAAGGAAAAAAAUUAUCGGUAGAGUAUUUGCCUCUGAGAUAUUCAGAAGGUUGGAGGAGCUGUGUGGUGGUACAGCAGCCCAGGUGGAAAGAGUCUUAUUUCAGAGGGUGGAGAUAAGUGUCCCCGUGAAAGAGCCAGCUUCUGAAAGGCUGGUCUCCAAACAGGAAAUCCUUGGUCCCUGGCCACACAUGAGCUGUGUCAGAGAUUCCCUGGAAGCAGAAGGAGCUGGCGUGCUUCUCCGGGAGUUCUUGGAUGGUGGGUGGCAUUAGUACUGAAGAGGAAGUGAGUUUACACUUCAUCUUUCUCCCACCAACCAUUUGGAACAAUAAGGCCCUAAACUGUAGAAUGAAGAAUUUUAACUGCCUAGAUUUUGCUUUUACAAUCAAGGCAAGGGUGAGCCAGCACAGGCACAGAUUUAAAUAGGCCAAAAUUAUGACUUUCUACCAUAAAUAGCUACUUUUUGAGUAAAGAAUGCCAGUUUGGUCCAGCUCUGUACUGUUUGGGGAGCAGUGUAGAGACGAACCCAGGAGCUCUGCUUUACACCUGGUCUCAGGAUCCCUCUGCAAGGACCCACCUCACUCUCUGAAAGAAAUCCCCAAAUUCAGGUUCCAGGGUCCAAACAGCCUUAGACUCUGCACAGUUCAGUGCCCAUGUUCCCUGCCAAAGAGCUCCCUGGAGCAGAGACUGACAGAUUGUUGCCUACAGGGAAAAUCUGGGAGACCUGUGAGCUCAGAAUGUGUUUCAAUUUUUAAGGGAGAAUUAGAGACAGAAGAGUGAGGAAUGUGUGGCAGAGACUGACCUGGAGAGCCUGGGGCGCUUGCUGGCUGUCCUUACAGAAGACGCUGCUGAGAGGACGGCAGCGCACCUGGUUCAGGGAGGGGUUUCCUCCGAGGGGCCGAGGCAUGGCAAUUUCCAUUUUAAAAUACUUGUUUAUGCACCAGAAUUUCACUUCUUAACUUUUCCUAUAGAUUAUUUUCAAGAUCAUUUUUCUGAUAAACCAAGAAAAAUGCCUCUCUCCUCCUCCCUGCCCUCCGGUUUAAAAAGUCCUGUUCAGGAGGGCUCACUGUCUUGUGUGGAACCUUCUGCAGCCAUGAGAAGAGCUCACGUCGUUUUUUACCACCUUAUGCCACGGGAGAGAAGACAGCCAGGUGCUUUCUUGGUGGUGCAGGGUGGGCUGAGGUGAGAGGAAGCCAGGAGAGGAGCUUCAUUCAGGAGGAGAAGGCUGUAAACUCUGAAUAUUUGUAAUAGAAAGCAAAGGAAAUCAGACUGGUGGGUACUUGCUAAAGGCCUUGUGAAGGGAAACCGGUCUGUGUUCAGUCCCAGCAGCAGCCCUUUGCUCCACAUCACCCUGCUGCUCCUGUUCAGACGCUCAGGCCUUGACAGUCCAUGUGAGGAAAUCACAGUAAAGCUACAAACAGUGUUUUGUACCAGUGGUUUUUGCACAUCUUCCCCCUAUACUCCUGGCUGUAGGCAGCACUCUCCAACCUGGGGGCAAGCCCAAGGGGCUGCUUGUGGCUCAGCCUGGCCACCCUGGAGGGCGGGAUCACUUGUUCACUCCCAUUGCCUAUACCUGUGCUCUCAUGUUGGCAAAAUCAAGGUUACCAGAUAUUUAAAUUUUAGACUCAGUCCUAACAUAGAAUAGUUUCCUUGUAAGAAGCAUGCAUCUCACUUAGCAAGAAACUCAAAAAGGCAAAUGUGUUUUCCAAGCUUUAAAAAAAAAAUCAGCUUUAGGAUUUUGCAUGGUAAUAUGCAUUGCAGCGAAACUACCUUCAAGUAAAUUAUUUGGUUAUUUAUUUCUAUUUUGGUGUUUUCUUUGUUUAUGAUACUGAUUCCCCCCCCCCCUUUUUCUUU